AUGUUCUUAGGACAUCGAUUUAACUAUGAGUCUGCAGCUCUGUCCACAGGCGUCAAGGCUCUUGUCAAUCAAGCUAUCUGCACUCCGCUUAUCAAUGUGUGUUUCUUUGGAGCUCACACUUUGCUGUCAGGCGAAAACGUUCCUAGUGCGACUAAGCGUAUCAAGACAGGCGUGGCGUUAAGUAUUCCCAGGAGUAUCUUGCACUGGCCGCUGGUGACUACUCUCAACUUUACAUAUGUUCAACCACAGUCGAGAUCUACAGCUACUGUCUUCUGGCAAUCUUACAUGAGCUACUCGAACCACCGAGUGGAAACUCAGAACAAUAUAUCUGGAGACACACCGAAUCCGGUUGCCCGUUAA